UAUAUGCUCGAAAUGUAUCAAAUGCCUCGUAGUCUUGACAAAUGCAGCAUCGUACUUAGCCGCAGCGCAGCGUCGUCGUCCUCGUGAUAUGUGACAAUUUCUUGGCGACGCGGCAGAAACAUGAGUGCGCGCACGCGGUGCCAUCAAUACUCGUUGCAUCAAGGUCGAGAAGACGCAAAACAGUUCCGUGUGCUUCUUUUUACCCGAAAAUGAGUGAUUGACGCAAUUCGAGCGAAUUACAGACGUAAUUUGAAGAAAAAAACCAAAGACUAUCUAGUUAGCAAAAAUGAAGUUCAAAAUCGAUCGGCCGUUCAAGUAUACCUUUUCCGGUGUAUCGACGGUGGUGCUCGGUAUUUUGGUCGGAUGGGUCUUCUUUCCGAUGCUUUUGGAGCAACAAACACACGCACAAGUUAACUUGAAAGAGGGCGGAGAGAUGAGGGAUAUUUGGAGCAAAUUUCCAUUUCCCCUUGAGUUCAAAGUUUUUUUAUUUAACAUAACAAAUCCCGACGAGAUCGAGAACGGAGAAAAACCAAGAGUGCAGCAAGUCGGACCCUACUUUUUCGAAGAGUGGCAGGAAAAAGUCGAUCUGGCCGAUCGCGAGGAAGACGACUCGGUCGAGUACGCCCUGAAGAACAAAUGGAUCUUCGUGCCGGAGAAAAGCGAGGGACUGACUGGAAACGAAGAAUUAGUUCUGCCUCACUUGUUCAUACUGAGCCUGGCCAUGACCGUCUCUCGAACGAUGCCAAAGUCCAUGGCAUUAGCUAAUAAAGCGAUCGACAGCAUUUUCAAGCAUCCGACCUCGUUGUUUCAAAAAAUGACGGCUAUGGAUUUUCUGUUCGACGGCCUGCCCGUCGACUGCACGGUGGAGGAUUUCGCCGGGACUGCGGUCUGCAGCCGCGUCAAAGAACAGGCCGAGGGCACUCUCCGGCCGGAUGGUACCGAUAGGUACAGAUUUUCGCUGUUGGGAGCGAGAAACGAUACAGCGGUGAAAAAACGAGUUCGCGUGAAGCGCGGCAUCGAGGUCGUGAACGAGAUCGGCCUGGUAACCGAGUGGGAUGGAAAGCCGAGUAUAGCCAAGUGGAACGAUACGUACUGCGACGCUUUGAACGGCACCGAUGGCACGAUAUUUCACCCUCAGCUCUUCGAGACCGAGAACUUGGUGAGCUUCUCGCCGGAGCUCUGUCGCAGUCUGUCGGCUACUUUUGAGGAAAAAUCCUCGGUCGAAGGUGUGCCAACGAAUCGGUACGGUAUAUUUUUAGGCGAUCCGAAUACGGAUCCUUCCCAAAGAUGUUACUGUCCUUCUCCGGAUAAUUGUCUCAAAGCCGGAGUCAUGGAUCUUUUCAAGUGCACAGAAGUUCCCCUGGUCGCUUCUCACCCUCAUUUCUAUCUCGCUGAUCCGGAAUAUCUGCAAAUGGUCGAUGGUCUCGAUCCAUCCAAGGAUGAGCAUGCAGUAAUCGUUGACUUCGAGCCAAUCACUGGAACUCCUUUGAACGCGAGAAAACGUUUGCAGUAUAACAUGAUGGUACACAAAGUCGAUAAAUUACGCCUCAUGCAUAAUUUCUCCGAAGCUCUAUUGCCGCUGUUCUGGGUGGAAGAAGCGGUAGUGCUGCCGGAAGACUUGAUGGCCAAAAUCAAGAUGGCACUUUUGUUUCUGACCGUAUCUGCCUAUCUGCUUUGGAUACAGAUUAUCGUUGGCCUGUGCUUAACGGCAUUCGGCGGUUAUCUCUAUUACAAGGCUCGUCGCACUUCUCAUAGCUUUACCAUAAAUAAAAAGAGAAAACACAAGUCGGGUGGCACCGAAAGAAACUAUACGUUUUGAAUAAUAAAAAUCACGUUCACAGGGCCCGUAAAGUUUUGAUUUCUUAUUUUAGAAUAAUAGAAGAAUUUUUACUAGCCAGCUUGUACAUAGCAAUUACGAUACAUUACAUCGCGACAACGAAGUAAAGAAUACGUUGUACAACUUUUUAUGAAUAAAAGA